GCACUAUCCUUGUGGGUGUUAAUGUGACGUCACAACACGUUAAUUUUUUUAUUUUUGCUUUUUUUUUUACCCCGCUUUAAAAGCGUCAAAAAUCGCGUUCGCGUGCACGUGGUUCGCUCACAUCACCAGGCGCGCGGAGAAGCGCAUCCGCACCAUCUCUGACGUCAGCACAGGGGAGGUUGCCUCUCGCGCAGCAGCAGCACGGCGGCAGGAUGAGAGAGAGAGGAGACGAGCUCGCGCCGCCGCUGCUGCGUUCGCCGUCGCCACCGCCCAGUACGAGGCACCUGUGACCCGGAGAGCGCGUGCACGUUACCGUUAAAAGGAAAGAAAAAAACUUUUCUUCAGAUUGGACCGAAUUUUAGCUCGGAUGAUUUAAGGACUUUUCUUUUCUUUUCACUUUCACACGGAGCGGGAGCGGGCGGGGGGGGCACGCCGCGCGGGCGCACGGGAAUUUCGUAUACAGCUCAGUCGCUCGCGCCUCGCCAUGGGAUGCUCGUUAAGCGUGGAGGAGCGCGAGGCUCUGGACCGGAGCAAAGCCAUCGAGAAGAACCUGAAGGAGGACGGAAUCAUUGAGGCGAAAGUAGUGAAACUGCUGCUGCUCGGUGGAGGAGAGUCUGGGAAGAGCACUAUUGUCAAACAGAUGAAGAUUAUCCAUGAGGAUGGGUUCAGUGAUGAUGAUUUAAAGCAGUUUAAACCCAUCGUCUACAGCAACACCAUUCAGAGUCUCUUCUCCAUUCUCAAAGCUAUGGAGAACCUCAGCAUCGAGUAUGAAGACAAGGACAGGACUUCUGAUGGAAAGUUGGUCUGUGACAUAAUCAGCCGUAUGGAGGACACGGAGCCAUACACACCUGAAGUUCUGUCUGCUAUGAAGCGUUUGUGGAAAGAUGGAGGAGUUCAGGCCUGCUUCAAUCGAUCACGAGAAUAUCAGCUCAAUGACUCAGCUCAAUAUUACCUGGACGGUCUGGACCGAAUCGGAGCAGCUGAUUAUCUGCCCACUGAGCAGGACAUUUUGAGGUCGCGGGUGAAAACCACCGGCAUUGUGGAGACUCACUUUAGCUUCAAGAACCUGAACUUCAGGCUGUUUGAUGUAGGAGGUCAGAGAUCGGAGAGGAAGAAAUGGAUCCACUGCUUUGAAGGUGUGACAGCUAUCAUCUUCUGUGUAGCGAUGAGCGGCUACGACCAAAUGUUACAUGAAGAUGAGACAACGAACCGUAUGCACGAGUCACUCAUGCUUUUCGACUCCAUCUGUAAUAAUAAGUUCUUUGUGGACACGUCCAUUAUCCUCUUCCUCAACAAGAAGGAUCUUUUUUCAGAGAAGAUAAAGAAAUCUCCGCUGAUCAUAUGCUUCCCGGAGUAUACAGGUCCGAACACGUACGAAGACGCUUCUGCGUACAUUCAGGUUCAGUUUGAGAGUAAAAACCGCUCACCUAAUAAAGAGAUUUACUGUCACCAGACGUGUGCCACCGACACAGGAAACAUUCAGGUGGUGUUUGAUGCUGUCACUGACAUCAUCAUUGCCAACAACCUGCGUGGCUGUGGCCUGUACUGAGCUGCGCCGAGCUCGACAUCAUCUUCAACACUGUUCCUCGUCAUGGUAACGAGCAACUGAACUGAAACUCCACCCCCACGACCGACGUUAGCUCACCCUGCUUUUGUAGUUUUGUCUGGUUUUCUUUAUAAUCCUGAGUUAAAACAGACACUGUGUGUGAGUGAGUGUGUGCGUGUGUGCGUGCGUGUGUGUGCGCGUGUGCAUGGGUGUGUUAAGGAUAACUAGCAUACGGUUAAAUCUGGAAAAGAGCCAAAAAGAAAAGAACCUAAAUACAAUAACAAGAAUUCUCAGGAUGGUAGAGAGAUCAGUGUCUUCUCUAAACUUAACUUUUAUUUAUUAAUUAACGAAUAUCUCAAAAAAUGUUAAAUACUAAUGAGAUAUUCAUCAUUUUAAUGUCAUUUCCGAAGAGACGUGAAUAAGCGUCUGGGUGAAGAGUGCUGAAAGAAUCUCCUGUGAUGAUGACAGAAUUGUGGCUGGGAUGAGUUUACUAAAAUAUGACACUUUACAUCAAGAUUCUCUUAACUGACAUCGUUUAACACUCAUUAACAUAAACAUUAAUAUUAACAUGAACAUGAACUAACCCUGAACUUCAGCAUUAAUGCACCAUCAGGAACAAGUGAAUUAACACUCGUUAAAUAUUCACUUAUAUUUCAAAAAUAAUCAAGCGAUUAACCCUGCGUUAGCUAACAUUUACAUCAUCAUCAUCAUUGAUCUGACAUUUCCACCUGGAGAUCAGUCUUCAGGAAGUUCUCUACAUUUAACAAACACAUUAUUCACAUCCACAUUAUUAAAUUCAGGUGUAAUUCGUUAACAUUUAUAAAUGAACGUCACUUUAAAUCUAUUGCAUCAGGAGUGAAAUCUACUCCUGUGUCCCGGAGACCUCUGACCCCUUCCAUUAACGUUAUAUAAUGUAAUAAACAACUCUGGAACAUAUCAACACGCAGUUUACACACGACGAUCACGCGUCAGAACGGAGAAUUAAUCGCCUGACCAGUGAGAGUCCAGGACUCGGCAGCGCAGCGGGAUAAUGUGAAUUGAUGAUUAUGUGGCUCGUUAUUCUUGUUAAAAGAAGCUUAACUUUUUCUUUGUAAAUUAUUUUAUUUAUUGAGUUGUGUAUAGAAUACGGAGGCUUGUGUGUACAGAUUUUUUUUAAUCUCCUGCAGGUUGGUGUUAGAUCUCCAUAAACAGAGCAGAGCAGACGGUUCUAUAAUCUUCAUGUAGACCAAGAGAAAUGUAGAAGAUAGAAACCAAAAGCACAGUCUUAAUGAUUCUAAUAUUAAUAAAUAAACAAACUACUGAACUCAUCUUCUUCGUUUGUGUGUGUGUGUGUGUGUGUGUGUGUGUGUGUGUGUGUGUGUGUGAGAGAGAGAGAGAGAUUAAACCUUUCUCCUUCAUUUCUUUCCCGUCCUUUUUUUUUGUUUUCAUUUUAAAAGCUCUGUCUUUCCCAUGUCUUUGUCGUCUGAUGAAAUGUUUACAAUAAAGUCACA